UCCGCGCUUUUUAUCAGCCUCGAUAUCAUCGCGGCUAUCCUAAAACGAUCUCAUCCGAUAAGCGAUCGGUAGCUAGACGAGCACGAACCUCGCGAGAUAAGUCUCUCGGCUCAACGAUUUUCGUAUAUACAGCACAACCUUCUGCCCGCUUUUCUGCUCGAAAUUAUCCCGAAAGAAAAAACAAGGGGGCGAGAGCGAAGCACCGUAAACAAGCCAACUCGGAAAACGCAUUAUUUUCACGAGGGCCACUGCUGCAGUGUGUUUGCGUACGACAUACACACACACACAAAGUGUAUAGCCUGUUUCUCGCAUCGCGGCGGCAGCAACGUUUAUUCCGUUUUAUAAAUGGCAUAGAGAGGGAGUCGAGAGUGUAGCCGCCUGUGUGCGAGUACGAACACACGAGAGGAAUAGUCGCGGCAGUCUAGUGUGUGCGACGUAGCGCGUGAGAAACCGUCGACUUUUGUGCUGUUGCUGCUGCUGCUGCUAUCGGACGUCGAACGUUUUCUUCGCUCGCGUCUCGACGGCCACUUCGGUCGCGGACGUGCGUCGCGCCGAUUCGUCUCUCGCGCUGCAGUUUUGCUGGUGGAUUUUAGAUUUUCACGGCUGUACGCAGAUCACAGUGUUUGGACUUCUUUAUUGAGAAGAUUCGCUGCUGAAGAUUUGGGAGCGAGAGAGAUUCGUUGGGACUGUGUGGCAGCAUGUGAUGAGUGUUUUGGGCUGAUCUGGAGUUCGUUUUACGUCACAUGCUGCCGGCGAUACAAGGGAGAAUCCAAGUUUAAUCGCUGCAGCAACUACAACUACUAAGAUGGAACUACUGGUGCCGACGGUCUCGGACGUGAUCUUCAAGUACACCUGGCCGAUACCGCACUACAAGAAGACCAUCUCCAAGAAGUACAGCUUCGACAGCCCGAGCUUCGACCUGAACGUCAACGGCAUCCACAGCUCGUGGAACCUGUCCAUCAGAUUUUGGAAGGGCCCCGAAGGAAAGAGAAUAACCAACCCCGUGGUGCUAUGCCUGAACAUCUUGAACUGCAACGUGGAGGAAGUGGAGCAGGCGAAGAUUCGCUUUCAGUUCGCGGUUUUCAACGCUGACGUGAACUACUGGGAAUACUGCAACGUCAGCCGGACGAUUCUGGAGCUGCGCUCGAGCUCCGACAUAAUAUCCCUCGGCUACAGGGACCUGUCGAUCGUCGAGCGGCACCUCAAGAACAACGGCGAGCUGCGCGUCAUGGUCAAGAUACAGAUCAUACAGUGCGAGAGCGAGAAGCACAGCUUGUCACAGGACAUGGCGAAAUUGCUGAAACAUCCUCAGAUCGCGGACACGAAACUCGUUUGCUCGAUGGAGGACGAGAAAAAGACGUCGGAGAUCCCGGUGCACAGCUGCGUGAUAGCGGCCCGCAGCGACGUCCUCGCGAGCAUGAUCCGAACGAUCGAGCCAACGGUACAGGAUGAAAAAGUGGAGGAGCAGGAGAACGAUCACCCGAAUGACAACAAUAACGCCGACAUUAAGUACGAAUUAGAAUUGAUGGACUUAUCGAGAGAGGUUGUAGAAGCGUUGUUGCGUUACAUUUACACGGACCACGUCGAUAAUUUGGAUCAAUUAGCGCCUCAGAUGCUUGCUCUGGCGAUACGAUUUCGGUUACAAGGAUUGAAGGAACACUGCGAGAGAAGCUUGACCGAGACGAUAACACCCGAAAACGUGGCAUCCCGCUUGUUGCUGGCAGACGAAUACGGUUGUGACAUUCUCAAGAGAGCCGGUCUAGCUUACUGCGAAGAGAACGCCAUGAGCAUUACCAAAAACUUUGCGUGGAAAAUGAUGGAGCAGGUCAAUCCCGAGUUGUUCAACGAAGUCUGCGAGGCUGGAAUGGGAAGCUCGCGAUCCAGUAUGAACGACAGCGAAUUAAGCAAUUGAUUGUACAUAUGUAAAUCUAUUUUUUUACCAGGAUACUGAACAACGCGACUGAUUGAAUCGUAAAUACAUUUGAGCAUUUCUGAACGUGGAAUCGCAUAACUUAACGCUUAAGAGUAUAUAUUUUUCAAAAUUAUUUGUUAGAGAGAAUAAAGAAAAUUUAGAAAAUUUA